AACAAAGUGGAGCAGGAGUUAUGAUUGGCAGAGUUAAACUUCACCUGGAGAAAUGAGCAGGUCGGCUUGUAUCCAGUAGAUCCAAACCGUGAACUGGGACCAAGGAAACGGAGAUGAAACAGGAACACAGCUCUCUCACAAAUAAAACUUCCUGUCAUGAUCCUGGGAAAUGAUUCAAGGUCUUUAAAUGUUUCAGGUUCCAGGAAAGAUGGCCGUGAGAAGCACUCUUCUGAAGAUGAUGAUGGAGUUGGGCCACAGCGAUGUCUGGAGGUUCAAACGCUUGCUGCAGUUCACAUGUUUCCAGAAAAGCCUCCCAGAACUCCCAGUCAGUGUGCUGUGGCCCAUGAACUGGACCGGCAGGGCGGCGGAUCCGGGACUGGAGGGACCGGCAGACCUGGUGGAUCAGAUGGUGAAGAGACUAGGAGGGGAGUCUGUGGGUGUGGCCCAGGAGGUUCUGAUGGACAUGAACAGAACUGAUGUGGUUCAGAAGCUGGCCGGGAUCAGGUCCGGAUCAACAGAGGAGUUUCAGUCGCUGUUGUUCCAGAAAGAAGCAAGUCUAACGGCAAUUAUGGAGAAACUUCUAGAAACAUUUGAAGAUUUAGGUGAAGCAAAGUUUGAACAUUUUCAGAGAGUCGUACAGAAGAGUUUGUCCAGGAAAGCCGGGAGAGGAACCGUCGCUAUGGAGACGGGAAGGAAGCUGAAGGUGGCAGAGCUGAUGUUGGAGCAGUUUGAUGAGCAGACGUUAGACAUGGCGGCGCUGGUUUUAAAGCAGAUUCAUCGCUCUGAUCUGGUGCAGAAGAUCUCAGGAAACAUCCCAGCAGGGCCAUCAGCAGGACCUUCACGGGUCGCCAAGGGUCGUGAAGAAAAGCUGGACUCCAGCUGCUGGACUGAACUGGUACCAGAGGUGAACCAGACAGAAUCUCCAACCUACAGCCUCCAGAGUGAAGCUGGACUCUUUGAGUGCAGCGUCUCUGGUCUGCGCUGGUUCUGCUCCGAACGGGUCGUCUUCAGGUACCGGUUCUGCUCCUGGGACGGACACAUGGAGAGGAUGGAGAGCAGAGGAUACCGGCCUGCUGGUCCUUUACUGGACAUCAGUCUGAUUACUGGGAGGAUGACGGAGGUGUUCCUGCCUCACUGGAUCUGUGUCGACGACGUCCGUAAACCUUUGGAGCAGUUUGCUGUCCUCCACAUGGACGACUGUGGAGACGCUGUGGAGAAAGUCUCUGAGGUCUCACCGUCACACGUCAAACUGGCUGAACCCGUUUUCUCUCCCAGAGCGGUUCUGAUGAGAGCCGGCUUUCCUGUGAAGGUCUACUGCAACAUGUUGCUCUAUCGGACCAACACGGCUUUCCUCACGCUGCAUGUUUACCUCAUCCCACGCGACCCGGCCUUACAGCAGGCAAUGGACCGGAAAGAAUCUUCUUAUGGGUACAAAGUGAUCCAAAAGCCCGACCCGGAGAAGUCCCUGAAAAUGAACGAUUACUUCUUCCUCACAUCAGACCUGGAGGCUGCAGAAGUUUCUCCUAAAACGGGAAUUAAACUCCGAUAUCCAAGAGGAAAACCAAAUUUCUUUGAGGUUUAUGUUGAAAAUGCAAACAGAAACUUCAGUCUGACACUCAGACCCGACAGAGAGGACCAGCCGGUUUGGGAGUGUUCUGUUCGAAAAGAUGAGUAUCAAAGCAGUGGCCAAGCACAAGAGAUACAGAGUGUGGAUGAACAUCAUCUGGCUGCAAUGAUGCAAAGAGCAGCGACCAUCACAUCAGACAAGGAGAUGCUUUUAAACCUGAUGAAAGACCUAAAACAAGAGGAGCUGAAAGGCUUCAAAUGGUUCCUGAAGAACAGGGAUGUGAGCUCAGGCUUCCCACAGAUCCCAGUGACUCUCCUGGAUGAGGCCGAUGCCUCAGACCUGGUGGACCUGAUGAUGAAGACCUACAGCCACAGGGCUGUGGAGCUCACCAAGGACAUUUUUAAGCAAAUUAACAGGAAUGAUCUGGUGGAGAUGUUUCCAGGCACCAGCUGUACAAGGAAGUGUAAGAACUUCUGAAUUUAAUUUAAAUAACUGGUUUCCAUAUGCUGACCCCAGAUUAGUUCAAUAUAAUGAGAAAUGUUAGCUGCAGGUUUGUAUUAAGGAGAUGAGAUGAGCCACUUUAGCUCUUUGGUCAGAACUAAUCAUUCCUACGAUGUCGGAACAGAAUUCUUUGCAGAAAGACUCCAGGCCAGGAAUCGAACCCAGGACCUUCUUGCUGCAACAGUGCUACCACUGAGCAGCCAUACUUUAACUAACACAGUUCCGACUAGAUUCAGAUUCAGUGCCGACUAGAUUCAGUUCAGACUCAGUUCAGACUCGGUUCCGACUCGAUUCAGUUCAGACUCAGUUCAGAUUCAGUUCAGAUUCAGUUCAUACUCAGUUCAGAUUCAGUUCAGACUCAGUUCAGACUCAGUUCAGACUCGGUUCAGAUUCAGUUCCGACUCGAUUCAGUUCAGAUUCAGUUCAGACUCAGUUCAGACUCAGUUCAGACUCAGUUCAGAUUCAGUUCCGAGUAGAUUCAGUUCAGAUUCAGUUCAGAUUCAGUUCAGAUUCAGUUCAUACUCAGUUCAGAUUCAGUUCAGACUCAGUUCAGAUUCAGUUCAGACUCAGUUCAGAUUCAGUUCAUACUCAUUCAGAUUCAGUUCAGACUCAGUUCAGAUUCAGUUCAGACUCAGUUCAGAUUCAGUUCAGACUCAGUUCAGACUCAGUUCAGACUCAGUUCAGACUCAGUUCAGACUCAGUUCAGACUCGGUUCAGACUCGGUUCAGACUCGGUUCAGACUCGGUUCUGGUUAUCGUGACGUUGUUGAUCCUCUGACUGACAAACAGAAAAAUCUUUUCCAACCAAAGUGGUCAGGACUUCUGUUAACAUCUGUUGUUGAGUUUUUAUUUUUUUAUUAAUAGAUAUAUUGUUGUAAAUUGAACUGGACAUUUCAGUUCCUGGUGGUUCUGGAGGUUCUGCUCCAACAUGGGUCCAGUUGAAAAGUUGCUCUACUGUUCUGACAACCAUCAUUCAUGCCAUGCACAUUUUGUUCCUGCUGCUUUUUAUCUGGACCGACCCUGCAAGGAAAAUGGGUUUAGAUUACACCUGGAUGAAAUAAAUCAUUAAAAUAUAGAAAACUUUGACUUGACCUGAAGACAAAACAAGAACAUUUCCUCUUUCUGCUCCACUUCACUGUUACUGGAGGAUCACUUCAUUCACGUUCUCUUGAACACAUUUUAGUUCAUUUCUCGUGUCAGUGACUCGCAUCGUUCUUCAGAUUUAUAUCUGAUCGUCUAAACCUCGUUCAUGUCAUCAGAUCCGACCUGCUUGGAGUUCAUCUGCUUUUCCUUCCUGGAGAAUUAAAAUCCCCAGAUCGAUGUGCAUGACAUCUACAUGUGACCAAAGCUGAAUAAAAUGACUAUUUAAAUCU